AUGAGCAAGAGGCGAAAGAGGAGCAACCUCGCCGGCCGGCAUCCCCUGCCCCAACGCCGCCGUGAAAACGAAUGGCGAGAUUGGUCCAACCUGCCGACGGCACUCGUCGAGGACAUCGCCGGCCGGCUGCUCAGCCACGACGUGGCCGAGUACAUCCGCCUCCGCGCCGCGUGCAAGGAGUGGAGGAGAUGCACCGACGACCCGCGCGAGGGAUGCAACCGCCUGGACCCCCGCUUCCGUCCCCGCCGCUGGAUCAUGCUGUCCAACCGCACCGAUGGAGACGGCCGCCGCUUCCUCAACCUCUCCACCGGCGCCAGCGCCCGCGUCGACCUACCUGAGCUCUCCCGACACCACCUCGAGGCCAGCACCGAGGGCCUCCUGCUCCUGCGCGACAAGGCGAGCCACGCUGUGCGCCUCCUCAACCCGCUCACCAGGGCCCUCACCGAGCUUCCGCCAAUCACCGAGGACCUUGGCAGCGCAUACACUGUCUGGACCAUGGGACUGUUCCAGUCGGUGUCGCGCACCGUCUACGCCGGCGUGUCUGACGAGACCUCCCCGCCGUCAGUCGUGCUCCUGAUGGUUGACCGUGGUCGUGCCAUAGCCUACGCCAAGCCUGGAGACCAGCGGUGGGCGGUGAUGGAUGACGAGAUGUGGAGGCCUGACAACCCCAUGUCGUGUCGGUUCUCGUCGGCGUCGACCCUGCAGGGGCGCUUCUACUUCGCGACUCUCGAGGGGCACGUAAUGCAUGCCCGGCUCUGUCCCGAGCCUCGUGUGGUGCCCGUGGUCGUGGACCAGCCCAACACCGACUACAACAUGUUCUGCUACCUCGUUCCUCUUGACGAUGACCACCGCUGCGGCGGCAUGCUCAUGGUGCGCUACUACCUCAACCUCGACCACCUCAGCGCCGAUGAGCAAAGAAUCAUGAAGCGCAGGAGGAAGGUCAUGGACGUGAUCAGGGUGGAGCACCAUAUGAGGGAGAACCGGCGGAACCUGAUCCAGGUGUUUGAGGUGGAUGUGGCCGGGAAGAGACUUGUUCCGGUGGAGGACAUUGGCCAGCACCGCGCCGUGUUUGUCGGGGAUGUGGCUUGCUUCUCCCUCUCGGCCAGGAGGUUUCCAUGCGUGGCAGGGAACGCCGUGUACAUGGGGGCGCGCGGUGCCCGCUGCCCUCCCGUCGGCGUGCGGUAUCUGGCAGACAAGACCGCUGAUCCACCGUUUAAGUUCACCAGCGACGAUCCACCGCUUUUAGAUGAUAUACCAGUGAAGCGGUACCGCCAGGGCAGACCAGAUCUGAAUCUAGUGCCUCUUGCUCGCCCCUGUACCCUCCAAGAGUACCUUGUCUGUUGCGCAGGCCUCCUCGGCGGCCUCAAAGACUAA